GCGUGCAUGUCUGAAGGAAAACGAGAUCGGACAGCAGCGACUGAGAGAGACCAUCCGUGGCUGCCGAGCUCAUCACUCCACCGCCAUGCGUGGGACGCUGCAGAGAGGGCUGCUGGUGGCCCUGCUACUCCUGGCGACGGUCGUGUCCUGGGGCCGCGCGGCGACUGCACUCACCCCCAACUGUGUUCCCCGUGAACUCUGCAUGGACACCGACGCGCUCCAGAAGUUGGCUCAGACCGUGGUGCACAACAUAAGUUCAGCACAUAAUUGGAGAAUUCUUCUCAACAUGAAUCAAUUUAUGCAAAUAAGAAGAUGGCGAAAUCUUCAUGGCUGUGUCAUGUUCCGAGUUGUUAGCUUCUAUGAGCGUGUUCUCCGGGAGAAGCUGGGCCUUAAAGAGAACGAAGACGUUGGCGAUCACAGGGGUCCACUCGUGGACCUUAUGGGGCUCAUGCAACACCUGGACGACUGUGUCCGUGUGGAUGAGGGGAAGUGUGAAAGAUUGGGUGAGAAAGCUGAAAAGAUGCCACUUAUUGAGCUAUCAUCUACCAAAAAAAGGACACCAAAACAGUGGGCAAUACUACAGAUUCAGCAUCUUAAUGAAGCCAUAAAAAAGAUCAGUGAAGAGGACACCAUAAACAAGGCGCUAGAUGAGCUGAAGCUUCUCCAUAACUACAUCAGAGGACGCGGCGUCCGCAAAUGGUCAGAUGACUAAAGAGAUGGAAGCCAUCUUGUCCAGCUCAUUUUAGCUAAUAAGUGCAGUUGUGAAGUAUGCAACACUUUUCUUUAUCCCUCUGUGCCUGUGUUUAGCAGUGAAAUGCAGGUACCUGUCUUUUAGUAAGCAGCAGCAAACCACUCAACACUUAAAGACACUUCAUCAUUCACAUUCGCUCAAAUAGUGCUUAGUCAGAACGGUACAUUUUUAAAGACGCACACAAGAACCACUCAUAGAGUUCUCUAGAAGGGACAACCAGUCUCUGGCUUUGUAUACCUCUGGUGUUAUUACUGUAGCCUGUGCAUAUGAAUAUAGACAAUUUAAAGCACAGAUGAUAUCCUUUAAGAGUAUAAUUUUGACAUUGUAGGGCAAAUGGUUAUUUGUUUUCUCAUAAAGCCUGGCAGACUUAGCUUCCCUGCAAAACAUGCCAUGCAAAACCAUGCAAAACUGUAUAGCCUGUUAGAGCUCCACAAGGACAAACCAAACAGUUGAUCAAAUGUUCUAUCACUGGCUAGAGCAAGGUUUAUGAAGAUUACAGUAAGUUCUUAUUGGUGCUGCUAAAUUAUAUGUUGCCCUAUGUUUAAUCUUGACUUGUUUUUUCUAUUUAAUGUAAAACAUGAAAUGGAUCCCUUUCAUGCAACUCCUGUACUUUCGGUGAAAGGCUACGAUUUCUUGCACAUGCAGGAUUAUUGCAUCCAAUGCUAAGUAAUAAUUUGUCAAGAAUAUGAUGCAUUGUUAGACACACAAAUACACUGAAUGUAUUACACAGACAUAUUUUUAAAACAAAAGUUUCAUAACAUUUAUAAAGCCACACACACACACACACACACAACACAGUACUGUUGACAUUGUCAGACUGAAUGUAUUUGCUGAAUGAUUGUAGAACUGUGUAUAUGCUAGUCUUUUAUUUG